AUGAAGACAUACGUAUUUAUUCCAAUAUGUUGGAUUUCCAUAAUUGCUUUAGUAUUUCCAACAGACGAAGCUAAAUUUGAAAAGAAACCAGACUGUGACAGUCAAAAACAAGACAAAAAUUGUGUAAAGAAAAAGAAGGCAACAGCUUCUGAACUUUCGAAAGACUCAACUAAAUUCGAAGAGGAGAAACCAAAGUGCAACGGUCAUAAACAAGACAAAAACUGUGUAAAGAAAAAGAAGGCAACAGCUUCUGAACUUUCGAAAGACUCAACUAAAUUCGAAGAGGAGAAACCAAAGUGCAACGGUCAUAAACAAGACAAAAAUUGUGUAAAGAAAAAGAAGGCAACAGCUUCUGAACUUUCGAAAGACUCAACUAAAUUCGAAGAGGAGAAACCAAAGUGCAACGGUCAUAAACAAGACAAAAAUUGUGUAAAGAAAAAGAAGGCAACAGCUUCUGAACUUUCGAAAGACUCAACUAAAUUCGAAGAGGAAAAACCAGAAUGCGACAUUCAACCAAUAAUUACAUGUGUAAACAAACUCACAUCUGCGGCUCCUAAAUCAUCCAGAAAGAAUAAUUUAGGUAAAAUAACAAAAGAAGACAUCAACGAAUCCCUAAAACGGAAAAAGUAUCAACAACAACUAUUCUUGUGCCAUGUUACUGAACAACUGAAGAAACGAUGGAGGCAUUGUUUACGGGGUGACGAGAAAAAAUUAAAGGCCAGGAAGAAAUAUCUGGAAAGUAUAAAUUACAAACCGGAAAUAUUCGAUAUUAUAACAUAUGUGAAUCUAGGCUGAAUGACGAAAUUAUGAGUUUUACUGUUUUACAGAAAACCUUGGUAAUUCGCUUCAUUUUUUAGCCUUAUCUGCAGGAUUGUACAUAAUUUCUAAUAGUAUUUUCUUAAAGUAUUCACUAGUUGUACCAGUUUCACAAUGUUUUGCGUUUCGAAAAAAUAACAACCAUCUUAUAUUAACAAUUAUUUCGAAUUCAUUUGGACACUUUCCAACCAAUUAUUUCUUAUGUAUGUGCAGUCAGUUGCAUUCACUAAUGAAAAUUUUUAAAUAAAGUAUUCAAA